AUACACGAAAAAUAACAGCUAUGGCAAAGCAUACUAUUUUUCUCGCCCUUCUCUUCUGCAUCUUCCUUGUUGCUGCAACUGAAAUACAAAUGGCAGAAGGCAAAUAUUGUUGGAAAAAAAGUGACAAGUGGAAUGGGCCUUGUCAAUACUCUUACAAAUGUAGUCAUCAUUGCAAGCACUACUAUGGAGCUAAAUAUGGUAUCUGUAAGAAGUACAAACCAUGGGGUCACAAAUAUUACUGGGCAAAAUAUGCUUGCUACUGCUACUCACCUUGCCAUUACUAAAAAACUUUAAGUGUCUCAUGGUUUGGCUUUGACUAUGCAGACAAAUAAAAAGUUACCUAUUUUAUGUGUGUAACAAUGUAAUAAGGCUGUUUUAUGAGUGUAAUCAGUUUGGUCAAGCUUUGCGUGAUGAGCAAUUAUAUUGUAUGCCUUUCUAUUAUUAAUUGAUGUGAACUAUGAUAUUUUUCUAUAUAA